UGGGUAUCUGAAGUUAUCUGUGACGUCAUCAAAAAGCGACCACGUAAAGGAGGCGCUUCAUUCAUGCUGCCGGUAGACAGACCAACAGAAUAAAGAACAUGGAUUUGCUGUACGGUCCGUUGGGCUUGGGUGUGGCAGCAGGACUGGGCUGUGGACUCCUCCUCGGUUGGCAUGUACGGGGACGACGCGCUGCAGCAUCCAAUAGCCUGUUGGCAGCGAUGGGGAAUGGUACAGGUGAAGCAAGUGUGAUGGGAGAAGGAGGCGAGUUCAAGAUGGUCCUGGUGGUGCGAAAUGAUCUGAAGAUGGGCAAAGGGAAGGUCGCUGCCCAGUGCUCCCAUGCUGCGGUCUCCGCUUACAAGCAGGUCCUACGCAGGAACCCUGAGCUCCUUAAGCAGUGGGAGUACUGUGGACAACCCAAGGUGGUGGUGAAGGCCCCCGAUGAGGAGGCCCUGAUUGAUCUCUUGGGCCACGCAAAAGAAGUAGGGCUGCCGGUCAGCCUAAUCCAGGAUGCAGGAAGGACACAAAUUGCACCUGGGUCACGUACUGUGCUGGGUAUCGGUCCCGGUCCUGCUGGUCUGAUUGAUGGAGUCACUGGAGACUUGAAACUCUACUAGAAUUGUAAAGUUGCAUAUAUACAAUCUAAACUGUGUGGACAAUUUGUAAGGAAAGAAAAGCUGCAUUGCAAUUGGUUCAUUUUUUACAAUAACAGCUGACUUUAUUGUGCAUAAAUCAUGACUUUUUGUGCAGCUUCGGGGUUUGUUUCACUCCUAUUGCCUACAUAUCAGUCUUGUCAUUCUUGGAUAGCACUAAUAAUGUUCAUAUACAUUUUUCUUUCACUGAUAAUUGUGACAAUGGCAAAGUACAGUAAAGUUUCCACACAAUGA